CCCUUUCUCUCUCUCACACACUUCCCAAUCGAGUUUCCGUUACAACAAGAUUCUCUCUCUCUCUCAAUCUUCUCCGCUUCUUCUCUCUGAUCGUGAUCCAUGGCUCGUACCAAGCAAACCGCUCGCAAAUCCACCGGAGGAAAGGCUCCCAGGAAGCAACUCGCCACCAAGGCUGCGAGGAAAUCUGCUCCUACUACCGGUGGAGUCAAGAAGCCUCAUCGCUAUCGUCCUGGAACUGUUGCUCUUCGUGAGAUCCGUAAGUACCAGAAGAGUACUGAGCUUCUGAUCCGCAAGCUUCCAUUCCAGCGUCUUGUUCGUGAAAUCGCACAGGAUUUCAAGACUGAUUUGCGAUUCCAGAGCCAUGCUGUUCUUGCUCUUCAGGAAGCUGCGGAGGCGUACCUUGUGGGUUUGUUUGAGGACACCAACCUGUGCGCAAUCCAUGCUAAGAGGGUGACCAUCAUGCCCAAGGACAUUCAACUGGCUCGCCGCAUCCGUGGUGAACGUGCUUAGAGGGGCCAAUGGAUUAUAAUUUUAGUUUAUCUUUAGUUUAUUUUGCAAUACAUCUCAAUGUUUUUAGGGUUUCAGUAGCGUUCAAGUUUCCUAUACAUUUUGUGUAGUAGUUCUGGACAAUACUCCCUUUUAGUAUUCGUAUUCAGAAGCAUCUGAAUAAUUAGGGUUUUAUCGUAUAAGUUUGUUCUGUUAUUGACAAGUUACAUUGAAUAUAUUGAUAUUAUGGUUUCUUAA